AUGUAUCGUUUCAGCAACAUCUACGUGCUGGCUGCCUUUGGCACCAUCGGCGGCGCCUUGUUCGGAUUCGAUGUGUCCAGCAUGUCAGCCUGGCUGGAUACAGACCAAUAUCUCGAGUACUUCAACCAUCCCAACUCGGAUCUCCAGGGCGGCAUCACCGCGUCCAUGAGUGGUGGCUCAUUUAUUGGCGCCAUUGCAGCAGGCUUUCUUGCAGACAAGCUCGGACGAAAGCAAGCUUUGCAGGUUGCAUGCGCAGUGUUUGUUAUCGGCUGCGCAGUCGUGUGUUCCUCACAGAACGUUGCCCAAUUGAUCGUCGGCCGCAUGAUUAACGGUUUUUCCAUUGGCAUCUGCUCCAGUCAGGUUUGCGUUUAUCUGGCAGAACUAGCUCCCAGCAAGAUCAGAGGAAGGAUUGUCGGUAUACAACAAUGGUCGAUCGAAUGGGGUAUCCUGAUCAUGUACCUGAUCUGCUACGGAUGCAUCCAAGGGAUUUCCGGUCCAGCAGCAUUCCGCGUGGCUUGGGGGGUUCAGGGUAUCCCAGCUAUCAUUCUCUUCUUUGCGCUGUUCCUAUUUCCCGAGUCACCGAGAUGGUUAGCCGGUCGUGAGCGAUGGGAGGAAGUUCAUCAAAUCCUGGCUGAGCUGCACGGAAAUGGGGACAGAAAUGACCCAAUUGUUCUUGCUGAAUAUGAAGAAGUGCGCGAGGCGCAGCGCAUAGCAGCCGAAUCCAAGGGCGUCGGCUUCUUCGAAUUGUUCGGACCACGUAUCUGGAAGAGGACGCUUGCCGGCACAAGCGUUCAAAUGUGGCAGCAAUUGCUUGGAGGGAAUGUGGCCAUGUACUAUGUGGUCUACAUCUUCCAGAUGGCUGGUCUCUCUGGUAACACGAACCUCUACUCAUCUGCCAUCCAGUAUGUCAUCUUCCUAGUGACCACCGGCCUAAUGCUUCCCUUCAUCGACCGCAUUGGCCGCCGACAACUUCUCAUCGGAGGUGCACUUAUCUGCAUGUGCUUGCACUAUAGCACAGCUGCAAUCAUGGCAACCUAUGGCAACCCAGUCGGCAAUGUCUUUGGCAACGAAAACCUCAAGCUGGAGAUUACUGGUGCUCCCGGAAAAGCAGUCAUCGCACUCUCUUACAUCUUUACGGGCAUCUACGGCCUGACCUGGGCACCAACAGGUUGGAUCUACUGCAGCGAGGUAUUCCCGCUCAAGUAUCGUGCCAAAGGUGUCGGGCUUAGUGCUGCGACGAAUUGGAUAUUCAACUUCGCCCUAGCUUACUUCUUACCACCCUCGUUCAAAAACAUCACUUGGAAAACAUACAUAAUCUUUGGCGUCUUUUGUACGGUGAUGACGAUUCACAUAUUCUUCACAUAUCCCGAAACGGCUAGGAAAACACUUGAAGAGAUCGAUGUUGUAUUCGAUAGCAAGAUCCCUCCUUGGAGAACAAACAGUAAUGGUAAGGAUAGUAGUGUGGAUCGAAAAGAGGUUGCUUGA